AGCAUUUGUCAGAGUGAUUUGACUCUGACUGGUCACCAGGUAAUCUGUCUAAAGUUCAGAAGGUGUCAGGAUGCCACCCUGAAGCUCCACAGUGACAGCCUCUCAAGUCUGUGCACUGUCCCCCACAGGUGACCUCAAAGCCAGCUGCCCAUUUAACUGGGCACGGCAUGGACACUGGCCCCAGCUCUCAGCCUUCUGAGGAGGACCAGUCCACCAUGCCUGAAGUCAAAGACCUCUCAGAAGCCUUGCCAGAAACGUCAAUGGAUCCCAUCACAGGAGUCGGGGUGGUGGCUUCUCGGAACCGAGCCCCGACAGGCUAUGACGUAGUUGCACAGACAGCAGAUGGUGUGGAUGCUGACCUCUGGAAAGACGGCUUAUUUAAAUCCAAGGUUACCAGAUACCUGUGUUUCACAAGAUCAUUUUCCAAAGAAAAUAGUCAUCUGGGGAACGUGUUAGUAGAUAUGAAGCUCAUUGACAUCAAGGACACACUGCCUGUGGGCUUCAUCCCAAUUCAGGAGACAGUGGACACACAGGAAGUGGCUUUUAGGAAGAAGAGGCUGUGCAUUAAAUUUAUUCCACGGGAUUCAACGGAAGCUGCAAUUUGUGACAUUCGGAUCAUGGGCCGGACCAAGCAGGCCCCACCUCAGUACACGUUUAUCGGGGAACUGAACAGCAUGGGGAUCUGGUAUCGAAUGGGCAGAGUACCAAGAAAUCAUGACUCAUCUCAACCCACAACGCCUUCCCAGUCAUCAGCUGCUUCCACCCCAGCCCCCAACCUUCCCAGGUGAGGCCUUGUUGGGGUGUCUUGUGUUGUCCUGUGGUCUUGGGUCCCUGCACAACAUUUUAGAACACCACCAAGUGUCUGCUGAACAACUGUAGAAGCAAUAUAUCUUUAGAGGCGAUUUUUAAAAAUCCACUUGGAAAUCUUUGCAUUACGUGAAUGCAAAGGCCAUUCUGUAGUCCAUUUUGUACGUGUUCUGCAGGCUCCUAAAACUGCACAUUAUGCAACUUAAAACUGGCUUGCUAUUCAAAAGAGCUGCUAGCUACACACAGACAUGUGUUGUGUAGCCAUGGAGUUGGGGUCACUGGCCUUAAGGUCAAAUUCCUUCUCUAUCUUGGCCAACAACUCAUUUGCAACCCAGAAGGGUAGGUGAGUUCUUAUAUUCUUCAUUUUCAUAUAAUUUCUUUUUCUAAUGAUCUAUAAACUAAGAAAUGGGUAGUUUGGGUAUGAGAGAAUAGUGAGGAGUUUUUCAGGAAAUGCUAGUUUUAAUAAUUGUCUCCACAGAGAAACUUGGGUGAGCCAGCUGUUUGCUCUGCAACUGAUUUCAGUUAUAAUAGAGGUAGUAACAGUCGCUACACUUUCUGCAAAAAUAAUCCUGUCAAAUAAAAAUCCUGUGCAUCACUAGGAGUAAACUGAGGGCAAGGAACAAACAGCACUGAUGGAUUAAGCUUGAGAAAGGGACUGCAAAAGUAAAAUAAAACAAGAACGGUGAGGCAGCAACACUUAGGGAUUGACGUAAUGUAAAUGAGAAUGGAUCUCGAAGCUUCCACGUGGGUGAAUAGAGAUGAACAAAAUCUGUCAGGGGACAGAAGAGUCACCGGUGGGUCUUCCUGGGCCCUCCACAAUACAGCCUGCCCUCCGGGACAUGCCACCAGCUGUCUGUACUCUGUUGCUCUGUGCCAAGCCUCCGCCUCACUUGGGAGAAUGCGCUGUAAUGAGGCCCUGAAGCCCUGAGGACUCUGUCCUCUGGGACAUCCCCCUAUAAAGACAAUCUGGUCUUUCUUGUGACAGUUUCAUAAACCAAGAGUAGUAUUUAAACUUAACUACCCCUGGAAUUGCCUGGAACUUUAGAAGGAGUUUUCAGUUUCAUUUGGCAUAAAAAGUUAGAAAUCGCUAAUGAGCCUCCCAGAGUUGCAGGGUGAACAGUUGAGUCUCUUUGUUAGGUUCAGGAGUAUGAGGCUAGCACCGCACAUCAGCACUUGUUCCUCCGUUUCUGAGCGAGAGCACUAUCAGCUCCACCCCGGAGGGCACUGCCGAGGGUCACUGUCACCUGUGCUCAAGGCUAUCUCAGGUGUGUCACCUGUGCUGGGGGGUCAGCUAAGGCCAUCACCUGUGUGUUGGGGUCCUCCAUCACCUGUGCUGAGGCCCAUCGCCUGCCUGUACUUGGGUCAGCUCAAGUUUGGGCUCCUUGCAGAGGCUGGAAAGCCCCCACAGGAGCAGUUGCCCUGAAGUCGUUACAGCUGCUCCCUGCUGACAUCAUGUGGUUUAGAAGGGCCCAGAAAUGGGCACCACCUCAGGCAGGUUUUGACUUUCUGUGGAUAAAGGGCGAGCGCCAGUUUUCUCAGAUAAAGCAGAGAGAGUGCUCUCGGAAACCUGCCGGUCACUGUGAGAGCAAGGCCACUUGCACCUGAAGCAAGGCGGCCGAGAACACUGAGCCACCAGCAGCCUGGCAGGAUUGCAGGGCAGCGCAUCAGACCCAAGUGUUUAUAAGGCUUACGUACUUUAUCACCUCUGCCGUACCGUUUAUGGUUUACAAUGGCUGCAAGGAAAUUGGAUCAGUUUUGUUUUACUUGCCAAAUAAAACAAAUGUCAAAAUAGUCAAUAUAAAAUGUAUUCUAAUUUGGCUGAGUUAAGUCAGCCAGUAUGCAGCAGGAUAAUUGAAUGUACAUUAAUGCUUCCAAGUAAAAACCACUUGUCUGUC